AAUGGGAUCGAUCCUCAAUAAAGAAGAGGUUUCAUAAAGAAAGUUAUCUGAAAUGCCCCAAGAACAAAAGUCAUACCACUAAACUUAUGAAGUUUAGGAGAACGAAUAAGCUCGGAUAGUGAUUCAAACUUAUCGGGACACUAAAAUAAGUCGAAAAGUCCAUAACUUAGAUCCUGAAGUUAAAUUAACAUUUAGCAAGUAAUUCCCAAAGAAACAAGAUCUCUCGAAUGCUCAAGGUCAAACUAGUUAAAAGGAAACAUUUCAAUUAUCUCCUCGAUCACCAGAUAAGGAAAGUGAAUGUGAUUGGUAAGACAUUUAUGGAGAUCAUUGUUUUACAUUAAGCGAUGGUCAUGCAGCUUAACCUUGA